GAGGGAGGAGGUGAGGGCGAACCGAGCAGAUAAGACAACUGGCUUAUUGGCUUGCUGCUGACUGUAGCAGCCCAUGUUUAUCAGAAAACAACCAAAGGGGGUCUUUGCCGUGUGUGUUACAGGCCGAAACAUAACCACAACGAAGCGCAGGAGAGCUACCGAGAGGACGGUAGCAUGAUAGUCGUGGAGGGGAAACGGACGGAAGAGGGCCCGUAUCUGCAUUUCACUUCUUCGCCUACACCGAAUUCAUUGAGUCGGUAACCAGCGUCCGACCAUGGGGAAGGAGGUAAAUGGUGUUUCGCGGAGUCGGUUUGAGAUGUUCACAAACAGCGACGAGGCGGUCAUCAAUAAGAAGCUGCCAAAAGAGCUGUUGCUACGAAUCUUCUCCUUUCUGGAUGUGGUGACACUCUGUCGCUGUGCCCAGGUCUCACGGUCCUGGAAUGUUCUGGCCUUGGAUGGCAGCAACUGGCAACGAAUCGACCUCUUUGACUUUCAGAGGGACAUUGAGGGCCGGGUGGUGGAGAACAUCUCAAAGCGGUGUGGAGGGUUCCUUAGGAAGCUGAGUCUGCGGGGUUGCCUGGGUGUGGGUGACAGCGCCCUGAGGACUUUCUCACAGAACUGCAGGAAUAUUGAGCUGCUCAGUCUAAACGGCUGCACCAAGAUCACAGACAGCACGUGUAAUAGCCUCAGUAAGUUCUGUCCAAAGCUGAAGCACCUGGACCUCGCCUCCUGUACCUCUAUCACAAACCUGUCACUCAAAGCCCUCAGUGAGGGUUGUCCCCUGCUGGAGCAGCUCAACAUCUCCUGGUGUGAUCAGGUCACAAAAGAUGGCAUUCAGGCCCUGGUUCGUUCAUGCCCUGGACUUAAAGGCCUUUUUCUCAAGGGAUGCACACAGUUAGAGGAUGAGGCUCUGAAGCAUAUUGGGGCUCACUGUCCAGAGCUGGUCACUCUCAACCUGCAGACGUGCUCACAGAUCACGGACGAGGGCCUCAUCACAAUUUGCAGGGGUUGUCACCGCCUGCAGUCUCUGUGUGUGUCCGGCUGUGCCAAUAUCACAGACGCCAUCCUGCACGCGCUUGGCCAAAACUGCCCUCGCCUCAGAAUAUUAGAAGUGGCCCGCUGCUCUCAGCUUACAGACGUGGGCUUCACUACACUAGCAAGAAAUUGUCAUGAACUCGAGAAGAUGGAUUUAGAGGAAUGCGUUCAGAUCACAGAUGGAACCCUCAUUCAGCUGUCUAUCCACUGCCCUCGUUUGCAAGUCCUGAGUCUGUCUCACUGUGAGCUGAUUACUGAUGAUGGCAUCAGACACCUCGGCAGCGGCCCCUGUGCUCACGACCGUCUGGAGGUGAUAGAGCUGGAUAACUGCCCCCUGAUCACAGACGCUUCAUUGGAGCACCUGAAGAGCUGCCAUAGUCUGGAUCGCAUUGAGCUCUACGACUGCCAGCAGAUUACACGCGCCGGCAUCAAGAGACUACGGACCCAUCUGCCCAACAUCAAAGUGCAUGCAUACUUCGCUCCCAUCACUCCGCCCCCCUCAGUUGGGGGCAGCCGUCAGAGGUUUUGUCGCUGCUGUGUCCUGUUAUGAUGUAAAGACAACAACCCCCCCUUUCCUCACCCUGUGUCCCUAGUACACACUCCCCACAGCCCGUCACUUGAACCCUGACCUGCUGUACCCUUCCUGGCCCCCCUCUGUCGAAAAAAGUACAUGCUUGUGUAUGUGUGUGUGUCCCCCCCCCCCCCCCCCCCCUUUGGAGCUGCAGAGAGAGGGAGAGAGCCAAAUAACUCUACAGGACCUCUGGUAACUUUCCCCAAAACCUUCACAGAAAUGGCCACCGCGAGGUACACAACAAGCUUUUACACAAGCUGAAAUGCAGACACAUGCACAUAUUAAGAAGAAUGUCUGAACAUUCCUGCUCGGUGUUCACAGGACUAGCCAGUAUUACAAAGACAAAGAGGGUUAUGUAGAAAUCAAAUGUGAUCGCCACUGUUAAGGGAUUUUACUCUUCAUUGAGUGAAGUUCAAAAGAUUAGUUCAAAGGAUUACAAAACAAGACUUCAACAUAAAAAGCAACCGCUUCAUAUUUUAGGGGGAGUUAUACUCUUUACUUUUUAAGCACUUUGAGACAGAUUCCAGUUGUACUGAAGAGGUUAAGAAAUCCUUCUUCUCACACGUACUUCCCUCAGUGUCUAAGGUCAGUUAACGGCUACCUCCAGACCAGAACUGCACUCUAGACCUCUGUUAGCUUUGUUCUGCAGGCUGUUCAUUUCAAAAAGGGGAAGCAUCGCAGAAAGUAAACUUUCAACACCCCAAACACACACAUAGAAAGCAGCAGGAAGCAUAUUUUUCUGAUUCUUUUAUUUUUUUUAUUUUUGAAGUAGACUUGCACCUUUUCGCACUUCCAGUUAAGCAAUGAUGAGACACUUUACAAAGACAGCCCUAUCCUUAAAUCUAAGACUGGCAUUGAAGACUUCACUUACAUGCAUACACUGAGCUUGCAACACCUGUACCCUCACCUCCCCUCCGUCUCUCUGUUACAAUCAGAAGCUGCGAUAUACUGAAGAAAAAAAGACAAAGUUUAAUAUUUUUUUAAAAAAUGGACACCAAGUAAAACUUACAAGUGGGGGCUGGAGAAGAUGCCAAAUGUUGCAUGUGACACCUCUAGUUUUUUAAAGUUUAACUGUAAAUAUAUAAGGACUGUGGAGUCCUAGAGUCAAAGCCAGCGAAGCAACAGAAGACGAUAUAUAAGACUGCUGUUGAUGGAUUUUCCUGAGGGAAUAACAAAAUAGCAUACAUGCUUGAUAAAGUACGUGCUGGAGCUUUGGACAGUCAAACUGAGCCGGUUCUGUAUCUGGAGUCUGACAGAGGAACUGAUGCCGGCCUGCUAAAGCUCAUGUCAAAAACAGAAAAGUUAUUUAAAAAAAAAAAAAAAAAAAAACCUCAUUUGACAGAAAAAGAAGAAAGUCUGACAUCACUACAUGAAUCUUUGCUGUCAGAUCAAGACAAUGGAAAGAAAAAGCCAACUAAAAACAAUCAAAGUAAUGAUAAUUAUUUUACAGUUGGUUUGAUUUCAUUAAGUCGCUCGUCUUCACAUCGAUAAGGCUUCUGCUGACAAGGAUCCGGCGAAUCAUGGACAGCGAUGAGAGGGCGUGUCCAAUGUCUGAGUGGCAUCAGCGACUCCUCAACUCCUUUUGAGGCCUUGCAGGGGGGAUAGAGUGACAGAGUGCUGCACCCUGCCAUCUUUGACUUCCUCCGUCUGUCUGGGACCAGUUCCACUGCUGGAGGUAAAGACCAGAUCCGACUGGUGAAGUCAUUGUAAGAGGAAGUCAACUGGAUCUUGAAUCUUGGCGCACACACUCUGGCCUGCUGACAGAUAUGAUGGAAUGAUUUUUUGUCGCAACGGUGGGCUGCCAUGGACUUCGGCCCCCCCCCUGCCCUAUGAAGUAUUGAAGCCUUUUCUUAUGGAUUACCUUCCCCUGCACUUGCACCUGCUUUACUCUGUGUCUCUCUUUCUUCCGCGUUCAUUUUAUAAAUGUGUCCUUUUCUGCUUUUCUGUCUGAUUCCUCCUGGAUCUCCACUGUUUUCUCUUCUUUUGCUUUUCUGUUUUGGUGUGGUUUGGAUUGCGCCUGCUUUGUGUUUGAAGUCACAAGUUCACUGUCUCCAAGUUGAGUUUGAGUCCUCGUCCAGUCCUCAGUUUUGAUCUGAAGGUGUUUGUGUUUUUAUUAAGAGUUUAUUGUUACUAAAUGUCCAGAGUGUAGCCUUUGUCUGGGGGAAGUGUUGGCACCAGUGCAAUUGUAAUAAAUGUAAAAAAUUUGA